UUCAUCGCAACUCCAAUUCAAACCGUAGUGACCCCGUUUCGCGACGCUCAGAGGCGCACCUGAACGGAUUUGCGAGAGGUGAAUGACUCAACCCAAAUCCGCAGCUCUGUACCGCUGAAUUCUCAUAGAGAGGAAGAGGUUUGUUGUAAGUUGUAACAUGGGAGGCGAUCGUAGCAGCAAAAGCAGUAAAUCGAAGAAGAAGCAUUUGGACGAGGCCAGUGGGUCUUCAUCUUCAUAUUCGAGCUCAGAAAGUGAUCGAAGUUCCGAGAAUAGGUCGAGUCGACACCGGCAUAAGAAGAAUUCGAGUAGGAGGGAGAAGGAGAAGCACGAGAGGGAAGAAAGGCGCUGGAAGAGAAGAGAAAGGAGGGAUAGGAAGGAAAGAAGGAAAGAGGAGAAACGGAGAUUGCGGAGAGAGGAACGAAAACGAGCUGCUGAGAGAGAUGAUUCAAGUUCGUCUGAGAGUGAUGAAUUGGAGCUCCCAGAGUCUGAGAAGUCUCCUGAGGUCGUUGUCCGAUACAUCCUGGAAAAAUUUCCUGAUGUUGCUGAUGACCUGAAACAGCUUUUACAAAUGAUUGAUAAUGGGCAAGCUGUUGAUACCAGGGGAGUUUCUAAUAGGUCCCUGGUUAAGCUCUUGAGAAAGCUAUUUUUGUCCUUAAGCCUUAAAGAGAAUAAUGUAGGAGUAUUCUUACUGCCUCCAACAGUUUGUCCUACUUUGGAGGUUGUUGGGCCUAUAAUCUCGUCAAGGACAGAUCAGCAGAUUUCUCAUUCUGGAUUGCAAGAUAAUACACAGUCUUCACGAUCACUACUGAAGGAUGACUCUCCUCCAAGAAGAAGGGUGAUUGGUCCUGAAAUGCCAUCUGCUGAGUUACUAGCUGCAGCAGCCAAAUUAACAGAGGCAGAGGCUGUGCUAAGGGAAGCUGAGCUAGAGGGUGAUGUCAGUGUAUUUAUAGGUCCUCCACCACCUGCUGUUGUUGUUGAAGCAGAAUCAGCAAAUGAGGCUGAGCGCUUUGAAGAGGUCACAAGAAUUAUGGCAGUUGAAGUUGAUUGCCCUUAUGAUGUGCUUGGAGUCAAUCGGAAUAUGCCGAUUGAUAAUAUUAAGAAAAGGUAUUGGAAGCUGUCUCUUAUGGUGCACCCAGACAAAUGUUCUCAUCCACAAGCCCAACAAGCAUUUGUCAUAUUGAACAGAGCUUUUAAAGAUCUACAAGAUCCAGAAAAGCGGAAAGCGAUGGAUGAGAAGAUUAGACUGAAGGAGGAGCAGGAGGAGUUAAUGGCUGAGUUAAAAGUACAACGUGAAGCUGCACAAUGGAGACGAUUACAAGGAAUAUCAAUGCGAGGUGAUGAUGAACUCUUGGAAGAGGUUAAGCUGCCCCAAAAGAGAGAUGAGUGGAUGACAACACUGCCUCCUGAAAGAAAGCCAGGGAUGACUAUGCAAUCGACAUCAUUUAGCAGGACUACCAAAGAAGGACGUGGUGAUACUAGCGUUUGGACAGAUGCUCCUUCUGACAGGGCACAAAAGGCGAAAAUGAAUUACUUAGAGGCUUAUAACGAGGCUUCAGCACUUUCUGCCAGUGAAGAGGUAAAGAAGAGAACUAGUUCAGAUGCCGACUUGGUAGACAAGUACAACCAGUCCAAGCGGUCCAAGUCUCUAGUACAAAAACACCAAGAAGAGUUAGCUAGUAGUCGUUCCAAAAAGAAGUCCAAGCAGCAGCAGCAAGAAAAAGAAGAGUGGGUAGGGAAACACCCAUGGAAGCCUUGGGAUCGUGAGAAUGACUUGACAGCUGGCAGACAGAAAGUCAAUUUGGACUCGGAGAACAUGGCACAGGGGUUGGCUUCUCGGUUUUCAUCUGGAGCAGUACAAAGGAAUUUCUUAUAGGGGAUGCAGAAGAAAAUAAUUAAAACAGGCUCAGAAUGAGACGUUUCCCAGACUUAAGGUUUCUGCCCGUUACUUUCUGUUUAUCUAGUACACCUUUGUCUACGGAGCAGGCAAGAAAAAGGAAGAAAAUAGGAUAAAAAGAAGAUGGUGGAUGCAUAUCGGACAUUGUGCAAUUAAGAGAUGUAUUGGGAUACGCAUUGGAUAUGUAUGGAUAUGGAUGAAAAAUUAAGAUACACAUAAAUAUGAUAGAAAAUUAAAUAAAUCUUAAAAAUAUAUUACCAACUA